CAGUCAAAGAUAGGCCUGCUAGCAUAUGCCGACGAUAUUGCCAUCUUAGGAGACAAUAUCGAAAUAGUAAAAAUACAUUGUAAAAAACUGAUGGAUGCGGCGAAUAAAGUUGGUCUCAGAAUAAAUGAUAAAAAGACAGAAUAUAUGAAACUAAACAGAAAAGACAGGAGGUAUUGCCACGGGGAGAGUAUGAAUGUAGAUGGACAUAUAUUCCAAAGACUUCCACAAUUUAAAUACUUAGGUGUACUCUUAACUCAGGACAAUGAGUUAAAAAUAGAGAUUUCCAAAAGAAUGCAACUGGCCAAUAACUGCUAUUUUGGUGUGGGAACCCUGCUAAAAUCUAGAUCAAUAUCUUUGAACUUAAAAAUAAAAAAUAUACAUGACAUUAAUACGGCCUGUCGUUCUAUAUGGGUCAGAAACAUGGGCACCAAGAAAAAUAGAGGAAAUAAAACUAGACACAUUUGAAAGAAAAAUUUUAAGACGUAUAAUAUACGGACCUUGUUUCGACUCAAGAACCCAAGAGUGGAGAAUUCGAACUAAUGAAGAACUACAGAAUUUGUUUCAGAGACCAUGUAUUUCAAACGAAAUCAAAAAAAGCCUGGAGGAAAAAAGACACUAUGAUUAACACAGUAAUCAGGGAAGAACCGAAAUGAAAGAGACCACUAGGUAGACCACGCCUAAGAUUGUGUGAGGAAAGAUGUUAAAGAGGUUGACCCAGGUGCAAACUGGAGAGAAAUAGCAGAAAAUAGAAUAAAUUGGAGGGAAAUUUGUUUUGCGGGAUGGUCUUAAAGGCCGGAAAACCCCCCCAAAAAAAAAAAAAAAUUAGUCACCCAGAAGAUGCUACUAAUUAUACUUUUCUACAAGCUGUUGAGAGAAUGAAAAAAAUUCGGAAGUCUAUUUUUCCACCUACACCUAAAAACUUGAACCACUUGAAUAAUUUGUUACUAUUAGAAAAUAAUAGACAUUUUACAAUGACAUUUCAAACUCCGGAAAGUUUAUUCUAUCAAGGACCACUGACGGUUAAUGGCACAAUUGUCGGUGUAUUGUUUUGUAAUAUUAAAUAUAUUGAAAACAAAAAAAUGAAUUAAAAAAUGUAAGUUGAUAAAUUAAGAAUGGUUUUAAUGUAUUUAUAUGAUGUAUUCAGUGUAAUUAACUUUCUUGUUUUUUUUUGCAAUGUCUAGUUUAAAUCUUUGUCUUGAAUUCUCCAAUUCCUUCUUAAGUUGGCUUUCAAUUAUUUCUCUUUGUAUUUCUAAUUUUCCUUGUUGAAUUCAAAGUGAAAAUACUUAGCUAUAGUUAUCAACAAACCAAUAUAAAUAAAAUGUAAGCCGG